UGCAGCACUAACCUUCACCUUCGCCUCGUUUUGGCAGAGCUGCCGUCAAUAUACAAUCAUGUUCUGUCGGACGGCACAAGUUUUUGUACCACAAUGCACGCAAGUGCGUGGAAUGGCUACAUUGAAAGAGAUUCGUCUCAGAUUGAAGUCAGUCACCAACAUUCAGAAAAUCACAAAGUCAAUGAAGAUGGUGUCAGCUGCAAAAUAUGCCAGGGCAGAAAGAGAAUUAAAGCCUGCCAAACCAUAUGGAGAGCAAGCUACAGCUUUGGUAAAUAAUCUGAACAUGAAGGAGGACGAUGAGACGGAGAUGAUCAUUGCUCUGACCUCGGACAGAGGUCUCUGUGGGUCGGUACACUCCAGCGUUGUGAAGGCAAUCAAAGCCAGAUUACUAGAGAAAGAUGAUGCCAAACUGAUCCUGGUGGGAGACAAAGCCAAGGCCAUGUUGCAGAAAUUAUAUGGAAAGAAAGUCCUAGGUCAUUUUAAUGAUAUUGGCAAAGCUCCUCCCGUGUUUGGAGAUGCUUCAAAGAUUGCACUGGCAGCUUUAAACAUGGGUCUACAGGACUUUACUAAAGUCACCCUGUAUUUCAACUCAUUCAAGAGUGUUGUAGCUUUUAGAACCACCAAUUUAGCACUGCCAACCAGAAACAGUCUGAUGAGUGCCGACAACUACAAUCUGUAUGACAGUAUGGACGACGAGGCUCUGCAGGCUUACAAUGAGUUCACGCUGGCUACCAUGGUGUAUUAUGGGCUGAAGGAGGCACAAUGUAGUGAACAGAGCUCCAGAAUGACAGCUAUGGACAGUGCCAGCAAAAAUGCAGGAGAAAUGAUCGAUAAACUGACUUUGACCUUCAACAGGACCAGACAGGCUGUCAUCACAAGGGAGCUUAUUGAAAUCAUCUCAGGAGCUGCUGCCUUGUAAUAAACAUGUACACUAGGAUUAUCAACAAUAUCACCAUCAUUCUGCCAGUGAAAUAACAUUGCCCUGUGUGUGUGAAACUUUUAGGGAAAAAUGAAAAAUGUACAUGUAGUGUUGAAUGUUAAUGAUGAUAUUGUUUCAAAUAAUUAAAACAUUUUGAGAUGUA